ACGAACGUGUCGAACGAUAAAUACCAUAUUGACUCUCUACUCAAAUAACGAACGUCUCAAACGAUAAAUACCAAAUCUGACUCUCUACUCAAAUGAAAAUCUCUCCGAACUUAUAAAGUGACGAGAUGAGGAGAUGGCAGUCCCUCCAUUUUGUGAAAACAAGGGUUGAUCACAAAUCCUACAAUUUAUAUUCUUAUUUUACCCCAACCUGUCUGUUGUAGAACGCAAUCCCAUUGGCCCUCUCGAGGCCUUUGCCCCCACCACACUCCCUCACCCCACCAAUCCCUAACACCGACACCGAGCAUUCGCCUCCGCCUCCGCCUCGGUUGAAGUCACCUCUCCCGCGUAUACAUCAUAUUUACUUAGCAAGGUCUCAACAACUCCCUUCAUUGAGUUCAUUUUAUACGAUUAUAGAGAGAGAGAAGCCUCUUCCUCUAACUAACCCAUGAGUAUAUAUGUAUUGGGAUGGAAAGAGGAUGGAAGCCUAACACCGAGCUAUCGCCGGCGUGCCCUCGCUGCGGCUCCUCCAACACCAAAUUCUGCUACUACAACAACUACAGCUUAACCCAGCCGCGCUACUUCUGCAAGGGCUGCCGCCGCUACUGGACCAAAGGCGGCUCGCUCCGCAACGUCCCCAUCGGCGGCGGCUGUCGGAAGACCAGGAGAGGGAAAUCCACACGGGCCGCGCCGCAAUCUAAUAAUAAUAAUAGCCGAUCGAUCGCCGCCAUCUCCCCCGGAGGCGGCGGAGGAGCUUCGACCGCCACCAUUGAUCUCUCGGCGGUCUACGCUAAUUUCCUCAAUCAGCCGCCGCAUCAGCCGGAGAACCACGCGAUCCCCGAGUUUUCGAGCUUUCCUGUAAAUCAAAUCGGCUCGCAUUUGCCUCAGGAGAUUGGAUCGCUUCCGAUUAGGUUUUCGGAGACGCAAUUGUUAGGCCACGGAAUUGGGGAUUGGGAAUCGCUCGACGCGGCGUUUCCGAAGCAGCAGUUUAGUGCGGGGGCGGGGAGUGGUUUGGGAGGUGUGAGCGAUGAUCAUGUGUUGCCUCCGUUGCCGGGGGAGGAGGCGGCGGCGGUGUGGCCGAAUUCGGAAAUGAUGUUGCACGACCAAAUGUUGCCUUCGGCCCUAUAUGAAGUUGAGGCGAGUCAACAGAAUUCGGAGGUGUUGAGCCAUUUUGGUAGUUUGCAUCUUGAAGCUAUUUUCAGGUCUUGAUUUUGUGCUUAAAUUGUUAUUUUGAUAAUGUUCUAUAUUAAAUUGAAUGUGUCAGAAUAUAAUAUACUCCCUCCGUCUCAUUAAAUAUGCAACAUUUGCUUUUGGGCACGAGAUUUUAUGUAGUGUUAUUUUGUGAGUUAAUGAAGAGAGAGUAAAGUAAGAGAGAAGAAA